AUGGAAGAAAGCCAGCCCCCCGAGAAUGCCCACAGCAGGAUUCCCUCCGCAGGAAGCUCUAGAACAGGCCACGCCAGCCAUGAGAACCGCGGCCGCCGGGAGUCAGUUCGAGGGACGCGGGGAACGCCCUGGCUGCUCCUGCCCACCCUCAGCAGCCUGGCCUUCCUGCCCACCGCCAGCAUCGCUGCCAAGAGGCGCUUCCACAUGGAGGCCAUGGUCUAUCUCUUCACCAUGUUCUUCGUGGCGACCCGUCCUUCGUCCUUCGUCCAGCCCAGGUCCCCGAGGCGCAUGUCGUGGGGAGGCCUCCCGCCCUGGCCAGCCUCGGCCCCCCAGCCUCCGGGCCUCCGGGCCCAGCGCCAGGCACUGGCCGACUUCGACGAACCCAAGCGGUCAACCUUCGUGAUGUUCGGGGUCCUCACCAUUGCCGUCCGCAUCUACCACGACCGCUGGGGCUACGGGGUGUACUCGGGCCCCAUCGGCACAGCCGUCCUCAUCAUCGCGGCUAAGUGGCUGCAGCAGAUGAAGGAGAAGAAGGGGCUGUACCCCGACAGGAGUGUCUACACCCAGCAGAUCGGCCCCGGCCUCUGCUUCGGGGCCCUGGCCCUGAUGCUGCGCUUCUUCUUCGAGGACUGGGACUACACCUAUGUCCACAGCUUCUACCACUGCGCCCUGGCCAUGUCCUUCAUCCUGCUGCUGCCCAAGGUCAACAAAAAGGCGGGGAGCCCGGGGCCCCCGGCCAAGCUGGACUGCUCCACUCUGUGCUGCGCCUGUAUCUGAC